AGCCCAUCAGACUAACAAUCCAGCCCUUUGAUCGUAUCACGCCAAGUCCCGUCUUCCAAACACACUUCGCCAUGGGGGUAUGGAAUCCAGAUGUCAUCUUUAAUUUGAUAAAUCCCGAGAGAGAAUACGACACCUGCACCGGUCAUGCCUCUACCUAUGGCCGCCGAUGUCGACGCCGUGUAGCAGCCGCCAGUAUGGCCGAUGCUCGCUCUUUCCUCCGCAAGCUCGCCACAGAAAACCCUAUAACGGCAUCGAAGUCACCAGAUUUCGAAGCGGCGGCAAAACUUACGCUGUGUUACCAACACAAAGACCAAGUCUAUGCGCUGGUGAACGAAUGGAGAGCGUGCAUUCAGCUGUACGCCGCUUCCACUGCCGGCGGAUCGACGAACGACAGGGGUGCGUCGAACCAACAGAAGAAAGAGAAGAAGCAGAGGACAGAGGGAGGAGCACAAUGGGAACAGCAUAAGAAGAGGAGGGCGGAGCAGGCUGGAAGAGGUGAGAAGGCCGAAGCCGACGGGAGUCAAGCGCGGCGAAAAGCGGAGGACCGGAGAGAAGAGCAGCAAAGAGCGAAACAAAGUGCUGGGCAGAAAGAGCAAGAAAAAGUGAAAGCGGAACAAGAACACGAGAAGAAAACGGCACGCCAGCAGCAGAACAGUCGACAGCGGGCUGAAGAACGGGAGGCCGCGGAGAAGCAAGAAUGGGCAGAUGCGUGGAGCAAAUACUGCAGGGGUUGGAUGUCGCUUGAGAUGGACAAGACAAAGAUCACCCCGUCUAAAAUACCUUGGCCAGUCAAGUCCGGAAGCUGGCAGGAUGUUAGCGAAUCAAGCGUCCGGUUGUUCUUUCUCAAAGCUGUCCCAGUCUACUUGGCGGAUCAUCAAGGGGAUGAAAUGUACCGAACAAUCUGCAAUGAGAAUAAGAGAUGGCAUACGGAUAAGAUUAUGAGCAGAUUCGGACCUGACAUCCUCAAGGUGCCGUACGGAGAUGCCCUGAACAUGAUCGCCAAGCUUAUGGUUCAGCUACGGGUUGAGGCUAAGAUGGAGAGGAAGAGAUAGCGGCUAUGAGUGCAAUCGGCGGUUCUGGGUUUCGUAACCGAGUUGUUUCUUGGGCGAGGCUUCUGUGGGAUAGAAUCCUCCCUCCGCCAUUUGUACAAUACUGUAAGGUUCGACGUAAAUAGUAAUUAAAACCUUC